AUGAUGACUCGCUUGGCGUCGGUCGGUUCGUCACUUGGGUCACUGAGGUCCGCCGCAGUCUGCGACCUCUUCAUCACCUGCUUCUUGAACUUCGCAGCGGUCCCCCUGAACUUGUGGCAUGAAGGAAAAUCGGGCACGCUUCUCAUUGAUAAAAUCGACCUUGAAGUUCAUAAUGCCUAUAGACGCUGGUUUGGCGGAGUGGUCGAUCGCGAGUGA